AUGUAUCUUUUCCUUUGUGAAAUUCUGCUCUUAGGCUUCAUCUGUGUUCGGUAUCCAGACCUGCAGGUGAAAAUUCCUAUCAGCUUUUCAACUCUCUUGCACAGCUUCACUGGACCUCUUACUGCGGCAUUUGAAGCCGGACAAGCUUCAAGAGUCGAAUCAAGAUCUUCCCCAAAGGCCAAGGACGUAGGAUAUCCUUCCCCCCGGUUGUUUGACAUGGCCACCUACGAAAUCGACCCCGAAAUCGGUCUCGGUCCAGACGACCCCGGCUAUUGGGGCGUCCUCCACUGGCAACUGCACUAUGCGUGCUAUAGAAACGAUGUAGCCCGAGUCAACUACAUAUUGAGCUUGGGAGCCGACAUCAAUUUCAAGAAUGAACUGGGCUACACUGCAUUGGAGUGGGCGAACCAGGUGCGCCACUUGGAUGUCGCCAAGUGCCUUCUUCAGAAUCUGAACGUCCAACUCCAUGGGUACACAAUGACGGCUUACCACAUUCGUGCCAAACACACCGUUAUCGUGCGCGCUUUGCUGGACUUGGGCGUCAAGGGCAUGCUCGCCAGAAAUAAAGACCGUCAUAGAGGUUUGAUCGUGAUCGCUUGUCAGGCCGGCCAUCCGACUAUACUCAAAAUGCUCAUGAACUGCGUUCCCGGAUACAUGAUCACCGACUACAAGCAGGUCUAUCUGCAAAUAGCCGCAGCCGCACACCAUGAUGAGCUCCUCAAAGUACUGCGCAAGAGGGUUGGCCAGGAAGAGGCUUGGAUAAAGAACUACUUCAAGCCCAGGACCCCCGUGAUCCCCGUUCAGCUACCUCCUCGAGAUCUGGAGUACGAGAAGCUGUUCGAUGAAUUUAUAAACCCGGAGGCGUAUCUUCCUUGA